GUGAGCAUGUGUGCAUGUGUGUGAACCGGUGUAGAUACUGAUUGAAUAUUGAUACUGAGCCCUAUUCAUUCAUCGCUUCUUUGGCAUCUGUCAUCAAAUAGCAAUAUGGCAGAAGAACAAAAGUUCUCAGAAACAUCUGUCCAACUGACUGAGGCCGCUCCACAGACUGUGGGCAGUGGUUUUACUGCCCCGGGAAACAUUUAUUCAGCCAUUUUAAGUCGCAACGAGACUGUUAAAGAUGCUAGGCGUCUCAAGGACUUUCAGGAGCUCAGAGACAAAUAUGUACUCAAGAAAGUGCUGUUUGAAGACCCGCUGUUCCCUGCUGAGGAUUCCUCUCUCUUUUACAGUGAAAAGUUCCCUCUAAAGCUUGAAUGGAAGCGCCCGUCGAGGGUGGUUCCUCAUGACCAGAGCUUCACUGAAAACUAUGCUGGCAUUUUCCAUUUCCAGUUCUGGCGCUAUGGGGAGUGGGUGGAUGUGGUUGUGGAUGAUCGACUUCCUACAUACAAAAAUCAGUUGGUGUUCACCAGGUCUGGACAGAAGAAUGAAUUUUGGAGUGCUCUUCUGGAGAAGGCAUAUGGUAAACGCAAGGAUGGUAAAGACCUAAUGAUCCGUCUGGUUCGUGUGCGAGACCCCUGGGGAGUUGCCCCCCCUCCUGCCUGUAAGUCUAAUGACUGGGCUGCACUAGCCACAUCUGAGCAAGACAAGGAGAGACUCCGGCCUACAGAGCAAGGGGAGUUCUGGAUGUGCUUUGAGGAAUUUAAGAAGAACUUCACCAAACUGGAGAUUUGUAAUGUCACCCCAGACACUCUUGAGGAUGACCAGAUGCUCAAGUGGAAUGUGACCACACAUGAUGGCCGAUGGGUGAAAGGCUGCUCUGCUGGUGGCUGCAGAAACUUUCCGGAUACAUAUUGGACAAACCCUCAAUUCCGCCUGGUUCUUCUGGAGACGGAUGCUAAAGAGAAGACCUGCACGGUGGUGGUGGCAUUAAUGCAGAAGGGCAGAAGAAAAGAGCGCUGCUCAGGUGCCACCCUACACAACAUUGGGUUCGCCAUCUAUGAGGUUCCUAAAGAGAUGAAGGGCAACCAACAACAGCUGCCAAAGGAUUUCUUCCUGUAUAAUGCUUCCACAGCUCGCUGCAAGUCUUAUGUCAACAUGCGUGAGGUGACGGAGCGUUUCUGCCUGAAACCGGGCGAGUAUGUCAUUAUUCCAUCCACCUUCGAUCCCCACAAGGAAAGCGAGUUUCUGCUCAGAGUCUUCUCUGAAAGCAGGAGCACCUCAGAGGUUAUAGAUGCAGAGAUUGAGGUGGAACCUGUGACGGAUGUCAAGAAGAAAAUCAAGCCAUUUGAGGAGGAAGAGACUGAAGAGGAAAAACAGUUCAGAGCCAUCUUUCAGCAGAUAGCUGGAGAUGACAUGCAGAUUAAUGCCAAUGAACUCAGAACCGUCCUUAACAGAGUGGUUGCCAAAUAUAAAGAGUUGAAAACAGAGGGUUUCAGUCUGGAGAGCUGUAGAAGUAUGAUCGCACUUAUGGAUACUGAUGGGACAGGCCACCUAAACCUGCAAGAGUUUAAUCACUUAUGGAACAAGAUUAAAAAGUGGAAGCUGGUGUUCACACGUUAUGACACAGACAAAUCCAGUACGAUCAGCAGUUUUGAAAUGAGGAAUGCUCUUACUGAAGCAGGUUUUCAACUCAACAAUCAGCUGUAUGACAUUAUUUGUAUGCGAUACGCCAAUGAACACAUGGAGUUGGAUUUCGACAGCUACAUUAGCUGCUUAGUGCGACUCGAGGGAAUGUUCAGGGCAUUCAGAGCCUUUGACAGGGAUGGAGAUGGCAUUAUCAAGCUCAAUGUUUUUGAGUGGCUUCAACUGACCAUGUAUGCCUAAAGACACAAACACAGAUAUAAGGUCAGCCUGGUGGAAAGUGAGUGGUCUUUUCCCAUUUUCAACUUCCAUUAA